CCGCUCCGCCUCCUCCGUCACCGCCAUCAGCCUUCCCAGCUCGGCUGUUGUUCUUCCCCGACGCGAUAGACGGGGGAUCGGGCGAGGAGUCAGCGGUGCGACCCGGAGAGGUGGGACGGAACCGGUGGAGAGAAAUUUCCACAGACAUGACUACUUUAACCCGACAGGAUCUCAACUUUGGACAAGUUGUGGCUGACGUGCUUUCUGAGUUCUUGGAAGUAGCUGUUCACCUCAUCCUUUACGUCCGAGAAGUCUAUCCUACCGGGAUCUUUCAGAAGAGGAAAAAAUACAACGUACCUGUCCAGAUGUCUUGUCAUCCAGAACUGAAUCAAUAUAUCCAGGACACCCUUCACUGCAUCAAACCUCUGCUGGAGAAGAAUGAUGUAGAAAAAGUCGUGGUGGUAAUUCUGGACAAAGAGCACCAUCCGGUGGAGAGAUUUGUAUUUGAAAUCACGCAGCCGCCCCUGCUGUCUAUCAGCUCUGACUCUCUUCUGAACCACGUGGAACAGCUCCUCCGUGCCUUCAUUUUGAAGAUCAGUGUCUGCGACGCGGUGUUGGACAACAAUCCUCCAGGUUGUACUUUUACCGUCCUGGUGCACACCCGUGAAGCCGCCACCCGUAACAUGGAGAAGAUCCAAGUGAUCAAGGAUUUCCCCUGGAUCCUUGCUGACGAACAGGAUGUCCACAUGCGCGACCCCCGGCUGAUCCCUCUGAAGACCAUGACGUCAGAUAUUUUAAAGAUGCAGCUCUAUGUAGAGGAGCGGGCGCAGAAAGGCACCUGAAUCCAACCCUUCCCAAUGUGUCUUGGGACCUCAAAUGUUUUCCAUGGCGAGGCACCCCCAAGCUACGCUCUCUCUGUCGUGUUGAACGUUGGUGCUCAAAAUGUGGCUGUCCUCCAUAACUUGAAACAUUCUGCUGAGAGUUCUUCAACGCGUGUGCAUACAUGUUAUUUUAAAGUGUUCUUCCUUUUAUGCGUAGAAAGGAGAGAGUGAAUCCUGUAGGAGCCAAUGUUUAACUUCUUCAGCAACUUUCUGUGUAUUUAACAAGUUUUGAGAGCGGAGUGAGGACUGCUUUAAAAAAUACAUGUCUAGAAAGAGGUGCUACAUUUUGAGCCUCAGGAGGGCUUGCGCAACACUCUUUUCUUUCAUUUCGGACACUCGUCUGUGUGAUCUUAAAGCAUCCCAAGUGUUUUGCUCGUCUUGUGACUCUGCCCAAGGACAGGAUCUUGUAUGUCGCACCUGUGUACCCGCUGUGAUUUUUCUAGUUAUCAAUAAAGAGGAAGCACUUGUGUUUUAAACAAGCUUCUCACGUGAAUCCUCAAAGCCAACUGAUGUGAUGCCUGAAGCAGAGAAGAAAAAUUUGCUGGUGUCCAAUACGACAACAGCCCGACCCUGUUCCUGAAUAUGGUCUGCUCAGUGCUGCUGGCCUCCACCUCCCAUCAUCACUGACUGUGCUGGAUGGAGCUGAUGGGAGCUAAUAAACAUCUGCAGGGCCACAGAGGUCCCCUAAGACCUGCGGUAGUGGAUGUAACGUGAGCGAUGAACUUAACCUUGGAAGCAGCAAGUCGCCCACCAAGUGCAGCCCAUGUGUUCAAAAACAUUGUUGUAUAUAGGUGGGUUAUAGAGAGUUCAAGCAGCACCUGGCCUAUAUACGAUCAUAGCGUUAGGGCCCUGGAGGUCAACUAGUCUAACCCGCUGUUUGGUGUAUGAAUCUUUGCAACUGCAGCAGCCCUGACAGAUAAUGGUCCAGCCUCUUAAGUACCACCAGUGAAGAAAAGUGCACCACCUCCCCUCUUCCUCUCAUAGAUGCCACCUCUUUCCAAUAUCUACAGCCAUUCUCUUGUAACCCCUCCCCUUUUCUGCUUCUUCCACUUCUUUCUCAGGCUGCCGGUUUUCCUAAUCCUCCAUGCUGGCACAACUGGCUUUACAAUUGACAAGGGCCAGCCCAUCAGCGCCAUGAACAGCCCUGCUCUUGAGAAGGAGGGGAAGCGGCUUCACGACUGACACAUAGGCCAGCCAAUCAACAUUGUGUAUAGCCAUGUAUCAAGUUGACUUGGCGGGGCACUGAGGAAAUAGCUCCAUGACUGACACAAGGGCUAGCCAAUCAGCACUGGGCAAAGCCAGCUUGCACUACAAACUGGCAAAACUUGAUCCUGGUAGAAGAAGAUAUCAACUGUGCAGAUUUAAGAGUGGGGGGGGGGAGCUUCACCAUGAACUGCAGGAGAAAGAAAGAAAUGUCGAAAAGGGAGCGUUUUUAAUAUACAUCUCUCUAUAAAGUGAGCCAAGCCUAUCAGUUCAACAGUCUUCCUUUCACCCUGCCACCUCUGGACCAAUGGUGAUGCUGCUGUUGGUGACUCGGACGCCGUACCAGCCGGCCCAGAACUGAGUGUCUUGGCCUCCGUGGUGAAAGAGGAUGUGGCGGACCCCAGGAGGGUAGUUGUGAAAAGUGUACGAGACCUGAAGAGGGGGUUGGGAUGGGGAGAGAGAGAGAGAGGUGGAAGACAUUUGGACUGAGUAAACUUCCUGAGCCAGGUUGCAUCAUAAGCCCACCCUUGCUGGAAGCCCAUCCAAUCCAGCAUCCUCUUUUUCACAGUGGCCAAUCAGGUGCUCCCAUGGGAAUCCCACAAGCAGGGCGUGAAGGAAGCAAGCCCCUGUCCUGAUGUUUAUUUACUUAAACGUGUAUCUAUUGCUAAUCCUACUCAGAGUUAACAGACACGACAAAGUUAGGUUCAUUAAUUUUUAGAUGGGUCUACUCUGGGUAGGGCUUAGUUGGAUCCAACCCUUAGCCAACUGGUAAACAGCAUGCCUCUGGGUGUCAAGUGCUGGAAACCGCAGGGGAGUUGCUGUUGCACUCAGGUCCUGCUGGUGGGCUUUCCACUGGGGGCAUCUGGUUGGCAACUGGGAGGGUCUUGGGGGACCACUUGCCAUGCUGAGUGAUUUUUAAGUGCAUCUCUAUUGCUUCCUUUAGUUCAUAUAUUGUAUUUUAUUGUAUGACAAUUGCCAUGCCAUAGAACGCAAAUAGCGAUACAAUGAAACACAACAGAAGGAAGAAAAAGAAGCAAGAACGAUACAAUGAAAAAUCAAUAUGAAUAUUUCACAUUCAACACUGACAGGUCGCAGACCACCAGAACGACGCUCAUGGACCUCAGUUUGGGACCCGCUGCCUUACCGGUUUCUUUGUACAAAAAAGGAUUACUGAUUUUUUCCCUUAAUAACAGAGUUAAAAGAACAUUGGGCCUGGUGACUCAACGCCAAAGAGAGCAGGACCCAAGAGGGUUGUAUCCACCUAGGUCCUACUCAGAGUAGACCCAAUAAAAUGAAUAGACCAAA